AUGGCCAAGAUGUGGGAAUUCGACGCAUUCCUGGAGGAUGGCGAUAAAGGCUUUGCUUCGUACGUGGAAAGAUUCGAGCACUACUGCGAAGUAGCCAACGUACAAGAGGAGAAGCUUAAGAAGUCGGCCUUCAUAACGGCCAUUGGCAAGAAGGCGUACAAGACGCUCAAGGAUUUGCUUCUACCGGCGACCCCUGCGGAGAAGGGUCUCGAAGACCUGGUCAAGGUACUCAGUGACCAUUACGAGCCUGCAAGCCGAAUCAUCGCAGAGCGAUUCAGAUUGAACAGGCGGUACCAAGCGGAAGACCUAUGGAAGCAGCUAGUGAAUCCUCCCCCGCUCACACCGUCUACGGUUAAGCUGAAGACUUACGGAGGAGCACCGCUGGAAGUGAAGGGGCAAGCCGAGGUUCCGGUCGAGUACAACGGACAGCGCAAGAUUCUACUAGUAGUUGUGGUGCCAGGAAACAAGCCAGCGCUACUUGGACGCGAUUGGAUUGAGAACCUAGACGUCGACUUGAAUGGCAUUCACAUGGUGCAAGCGGAGCUUACGGCUGACAACCUUGUGAAAAGUGCACCAGCAGUAUUCCAAGCAAUCAUGGACGAGUUGCUGAAGGGAUUGUGUGGAGUAGUUUGUUACCUUGACGAUGUGCUUAUCACAGGUGCCAACUACAACGAAUGCCUGACACGUGUAGAAGCAGUCCUGCAGCACUUCGAGAAGCACGGCGUCAAACCAGAAGUGCUAAAGCUUUUGUACGAGGGUCACCCUGUUUUCCUCAGAUCCAAUGCUGUGCAACACGUCAAGACACCUCCGUACCAUCCGGCUUCGAAUGGGGCAGCAGAGAGGCUCGUCCAGACGGUAAAGAAGAACCUGGUACGCCAACUGCGAGACGAGAGGCGCUCGGGGCAAGCCCGAACCAUUCAACACCGGCUGGACCAGUUCCUCUUCACAUGCCGCAACACGCCAUGCUCCACGACUGGUAAGACUCCGGCACAGAGUUUCGUGUCUUGGGCACCCGGACGCGUCUCAGCAUUUUGCACCCUGAAUUAG